AUGCGCUCCACCUCGGCAUCUGCUACCUCCUUCUUUGCCCGCACCGCAUCCCGCUCCUUAGUUCCCUCGGCAAGCUCCUUCUUACGCUUUAGAAGCUCCUCGUCUGCCUUUGCCUUUUCCUUCGCCCGGCCUUCUACGUCCUUCUUCAUGUUUCCGAUGCGCUCAUCGAUUUCAAUUAAGAGCCGCCGCGGCUCAGCAAGUUUCUCUUCGAGCGACUGCAUGCGCAGCUGGCACAUCACAAUGAGCGUCUUCUGUAGGUGGUUGUCCCUCGUGACGAACGCAAUGGCCGAGUUCUUGGCGUCGUCGACCGCCUCCCGCUCGGCACGCAGCUUGCGCUCGCGGUCAAGCGCCUCGAGACGGCUGACCUGCGCCGUCUCCGAGCACUUAGUCGCCUCUGAGAUGCGCUCGGCGAAGGUGUUGGUGCCGAUCAAGUCAUCCAGGUACUCGAGCAGGCCCUCCUCGCCAUCCCGCUCCGCCUUUGGUUUCAUGAGGGCGAUCUGCUCCACCUCCCCCUGCAGGAUAAGGAACCGGUUGUGCUCGAGGUCGACGCCCUCCGCCACAAGCGUCUCUACCACCUCGCGCUGUGUCGAUUUGGCGCCGCCGAUGAAGUACUGCGACGAGCCACUCUUGUGCACCUCGCGCCUGAUGGACAGCACGCUCCCUGGCACCUCCUGCCGCUGGUCGGGGUUACGCUGCUCGUCGCCCGACUCACGCAGCCGCACAAAGUUGACCGUCACGGACGCGUACGUCAAGUCGGGGUGGGCCGCAGAGCUGUGA